CACUAGUGUGGACGCAGCAAGAACAUAAACAUUCCAUACAAAUAAAUUGAAAACAUUAAUUGUAGCUAAUUGUAAAAUAUAAAAUUAAAAGAAAAUGACGUGUGGAACAUGUCGAGGACACAAGGAGCGGAGUGUAAAAUGCCUUUUUGCCGCACUGGAUAUAAUCAAAGAGCACGCAUUAAUGAUGCAGCAAGCCUCCGAAGAGAGUGACAAGACGAUUGCGAAUUUGAAAGCCCACAACGAAAAGCUGCACAAGGCGCUCGAAUUGCUUAAGGAACGGCAGGAGUCUACGGCCUUGAUGCAGGAAGGAAAGCGAAGAAGAUUGUCGCCUAAAAAACCGAAGGAUGACAUAUCACCGUUGCCGCAAAGUCAGAACUCUCUGAACAUGAACAUAGCCCUCAACAGCAUCGACCUCUCCGACGAUGAUCAGGAAAUGGAGGAGGACGAAAGCAUUACGGAGACAGAAACCAUCUCCUUGCGAAGUCCGCGCAAGUUAAAGUUAUUACUAAACAGAAAGCCUGAUAUUCGAAAUUUGGAGAACGUCCAGCCAAACAGUCUGGCUACGGCGAACCAGAGUUGGAUCAGUAAGACACCAAAGAACCCCGCAAUCCUCACCAAAUUGUCACUUACCCAAAAGGGCAGUGGUCUGAAUUUAAAACAAACUCGACUAAAGUUCGAAAGCAACAAGACGAGCGAAAAGGAUGUAAUAGAGGAUAGCCCCAAUUCGAGUAGCAGGUCUCGCCCACCUCGAUCCCUAAUGCAGAGAGCAGACACCGUGACCGCUUCAAGCGCCGGCGAGGUCCAGGUAGAUGCCACCAGCAGCAGCGGCAGUCCUCUUCAGAUUCCCAAGCCCACCUUUGAGCUGGAAGAUGAUGCCGAGUUCAUUAUGAAUAGUUCUGAACUCCCUCUGAUGCCGCCACCUGCAACGCCGCCAUUUCUAAAGAUGAACAACACCUCGGACAGCGUAGUCCUUCUUACACCCGCCACUCAAGACAUCAUCUUUGUGAACGACUCUCUGGAAGAUCCCGAAAAUGUCUCAAAAUUGGGCACAAUGGAUGUGCUGGCGGAGAUUAUGAAGGAUGACGAUGAUGCAUGCUCCAAUGCUUUGCGACAGUUCGAAAGGAACAUGAUUGACCAGCAAAAGCACAAUAAAGAAAACCCGUCUGCAAUCCCAAUUACUCGGCCCAUAAAAAAAGAGCCAAUAUCUCAGUUAGUAGAGGCGGACUUGGGUAACGAAUCAACGAAGCUGCCCGAGGACAUUGAGAAGUAUAUGAAGGACAUCAAAGAUGAAGAUGAAAGCAAGGACUCCGUGGAAGAAGAGGAGUUUCCACGUCCAAUUGUGGUUAAAAACGAGCCUGAGUUGACGCUCAAAGAGCGUUACAACAUCAAUUGUGCCGAAUGCGAAAAGUUUAUCAACUUUAUGGGCUCGAACCUGACUGACGAGAAAAUUAAAGACUAUUUAAACAAUUGCCGACAUGUUGACGCCCGAAGUUCAACGCCUCCAGGCUUCUGGAACCCACAUAUGGUGUCUUUUGCCGAAGACGAUCCUCGGAAUGAGGUGUUGAUCGACAACCGAUUUAGGGACCAGCGCUUAAACAAAUGACGUAGGAGCACAGAUUAUCACCUGUAGUGUUUCUGUUUGAUUCAUUGCACUUUGUAUUUUAUAUUGCACAC